AUGAGCUCCCCCUCAUCCAACAACCCUGACAGCAUCAUCUCCGACUCUCCCUUCCUCUCCUUCCACAGGGAUAUCGUCGAGAUUGAAUCCAUCUCGGGAAAUGAGCACGACAUUGGUGUCUUCGUCGCCAAUUUCCUCGAGGCCCGCAACUUCACCGUCGUCAAGCAAGAGGUCUCCCCUGCCAGCAGCUCCGCCAAAAGCCGCUUCAACAUCUACGCCUACCCAUCCACCAACCCUCACCCUGAAGUCCUCCUCACCAGUCACAUUGACACCGUGCCCCCGUUCAUUCCUUACGCGCUCCACCCCAACGACAAUAAUGCCAGCAACCCCCUCAUCGCUGGCCGCGGAUCCGUAGACGCCAAAGCCAGCGUCGCCGCCCAGAUCUUCGCCGCGCUCGACAUCCUCGCUGAGAACCCCUCCUCCCCGGUUUCGCUCCUCUUCGUCGUCGGCGAAGAAACAGGCGGCGAUGGCAUGAAAUUCUUCUCCAACUCCCCGCUCAAUCCUUCCUCCGGCUCGCCCUUCCACACCGUCGUCUUCGGUGAACCCACCGAGUUGGCCCUCAUUGCCGGCCACAAGGGUAUGCUGGGUUUCGAGGUCAUGGCGACUGGAAAAGCAGCUCACUCGGGUUACCCCUGGCUGGGGGAGAGUGCUAUUUCCGCCAUUCUCCCUGUUCUGGCCCGCAUCGACCGCCUCGGUGACAUCCCUGCAGAGGAGGGCGGGUUCCCCGCUAGCUCCAAAUACGGUCAGACCACCGUCAACAUCGGUAAGAUGGACGGUGGGGUCGCCACCAACGUCGUGCCCAAGGCGGCCUAUGCGGAUGUCGCCGUUCGUCUUGCAGCGGGAACCCCCGAGGAGGCGCGCGACAUUGUUCGCCAGGCCGUGCAUGAUGCUUCUGGUGGAGAUGAACAUGUUUACCCCGAGUUCCGCAAUCAUCUCGAGGGGUAUGCCCCUCAGGACUUGGACACGGACAUUGAGGGAUUCAACGUUUCCACUGCCAAUUACGGAACUGAUGUUCCCAACCUGGAAAUUCAUGCUCCGGAGGGUACCAAGGUGAAGCGGUACCUGUAUGGUCCGGGAACCAUCCAUGUUGCACAUGGUGAUAAUGAAGCUCUCAAUGUCGACCAAUUGGAGGAAGCUGUUCGAGGGUACCGGACAUUGACCCAGGCCGCUCUGGACCGGAAGCAGUAA